UCAGCACACGAUGCACCUGCCGCUCUGAGACCCCGGGACGAGUCCUACAGCUCGCCGGCCCUUCUGCUUCACUUUAUCUCCUCGCUUUGGUUUUAUCCAUCCAAGUUUAAACAAUUUUGACAGUGAACCAGUCCUCUAUAAUCUACCUUCUGGGAUUUAACAAGAGCAGGAGACGGAGAAAUAAAGGGAACGGGGGUGAGAUUUUGCAACGAGGCUCACCAUAAGACACUUUUCCUCGGCUUGAUGAGAUCAGAGACAGAAGGGGGAGGUUGUUAUUGUUUCUUCAGAGCCGCAAUCAAGUCAGCUGCACAGUGUACCGUCUGUCCCCAGCCUGUGUCCUGAGGCCUCGUUCCACCAGCUGUCCUCAAAGCUCAUGCUAAUCCAAUUAGCUCAAACAGGCGUCACCAUCCAGCCACCUCUAGAUCCUCGCUAAACAGAAACCAUGCCGACCGGCAAGAGCAAGAAGAAGAAGCCGAAGAAGAAGGAAGUCAUCGAUGGAGAGGAGCAGGGAGAAGUUGGUCUGGAGGGGGAGAUGGAGGGAGUGACCAACAGGAGCCACUCUGUCAGCAGAGACCCGUUGACUCCAGAGCCGCAGGACCCAGCACCACAGAAGAAGAAGAAAAAGAAGAGGACGCCUACUAUUGAUCUGGAAGCGGAGAACGCCGACGUGCCAAACGGUAACAUGGCCGAGCCCGACAUGGACGGAGAGGAAAUGAGUGUUGCUGUAACCAGGAAGAGGAAAAGGAAGAAGAAGGCGAAGGCGGCGGAGCACCACAGCAGUGAUCUGGGAGCCGAGGACGACGAUAUCAUCACGGGCGGCCAGUCCCCGAUCCCCCAGCAUUCCCUGUUCUCCGCCCCACACGGACACAGCCAGCCGGUCGGCAAAGUCUUUGUGGAGAGAAACAGGCGUUUCCAAGCAGAGCGAGUUGAGCAGUUCCCACACUCAGAGAUGGUGGAUGACUACAUGGACCCCAGACAGAUCUGGACCACCAGAGAUGUCGCGAUGAGGGUCCACAGUGGCUUCAGGGUGGUUGGUCUGUUCUCUCACGGUUUCCUAGCCGGUUACGCGGUGUGGAACGUCAUUGUUGUGUAUGUGCUGGCGGGUGAGCAGAUGACCAUGCUGCCCAACCUGCUGCAGCAGUAUCACCCCCUGGCCUACCCGGCUCAGUCUCUGCUGUACAUGCUGCUGGCCAUCAGCACCGUGUCGGCAUUCGACAGGGUGAACCUGGCCAAAGCCACGAUGGCACUGAGAGGCUUCCUCACUCUGGACCCUGCUGCUCUGGCUUCUUUCUUAUAUUUCAUAGCCCUGAUCCUGUCCCUCAGUCAGCAAAUGACCAGCGAUCGUAUCAACCUCUAUCCCACAGCCAACGAGACUCUGUGGCCUCCAGGCUCAGAGGAGCAGAUCCUACGGCCCUGGAUUGUGGUGAACCUGGUGGUGGCGCUGUUGGUGGGCCUGGCCUGGGCUGUCGUCUCCACCCGGCCCGACAUCGACUACACAGAAGAGGUUUUGAUGACAAUGGAAGUGGAGGGAUUCCCGAGAGGAGACGAAAAUGUUGACAUCCCUGUCUGAAAGUCUACAAACAUCUGUCUGUCUGUCUUACUCAAAAUCAGUUGUCUUGUUCAUUUAAUCAUUUAAUGUAUGUUUUUGUACAAAAUGUUAUCUAGCACUUUGUUUUGCUGAGGGUUUUUUUGUAAAUAAAGAAAUACAGUAUAUGUAUAA